CUCUUGACAGGGCACCCCACCCCCAACCCAACUCUCCUUUUCCCGCCAAGAAAGGAAUAACCCCUCCCCAAUGGAGCACCUUUUCGUCAAACUCUUGACAGGUCUCCCCCUCCCCUGUAAACAUAGACGAUAUAAAAUAACAAUGUAUUAGGAAAGAAAAGAUUUUUCAACAAUAUUACUUGAGGUGUGAGGCAGUCUGUUCAUCUCUCUGAGCAUCUGGGGAUGGUGCAGAGGAUCCAGUUGAUUCUGUGGUGGGGUAGAAAAACAAGCAUUCACCAUAUGUUCAGAGUCUUACCAAGAAGGAAUUGGGGCUUGAUCAAAUUUCACAUCUCUUGACAAUGAAGCACCAGACCGCCCUCCCCCCAUCCACACACACCCACAAAGACACACAAACAUUCUCUCUCACACAUCAAUGAAAUGAGAUGAUGCUUUAAGGAGUUGGUCAAUUUUGACUACGGUUUUAAGAGGUUGAGAACUUUAGGACGUGAUAAAAAAAAGAGUAAAGAAAAAACUUCAGAUAGGGUCUUUUUCUUUGUUCAUAUACAAGGGGGCACACCAACAUUGCAGCUACGUGACCUCAUGACCUACGCCAGAGAACCAGAUGCUCACCCCAUCUGACAGAGACGAUGUGUUAGUAUUUAACCAACACACCCUCAAACAGACCGCAACACUCUACCUUUCCUGGUCGGCGUCCAACAAGUCCAGACACCCUCCGUGCUUCUAACCAUCAUGUCCCUGUUCAUGGCUUUCAAGAAAAAAGAAACUCAAGUUGAUGUUCACCACAAUCAAACAGAAAACGUCUUUGAUGAUUUCCUGGAGGGUGGGGAGAACCAGACUCCUUCAGCUCAGACAGCUCAGGAGAAUCCAUCUGUUUUCGAUGGUUCAUUAGGAAUCUCCCCUCCAGCCAGCGCGGGUCAGAAGACUAGUACGCUAUCCCUCAGAAAAACCUUUCAACCGGCUCAGCUGAAGCCUUCAGCGGGGACCUCCAUCAAGAGGAAAGCCGCCAGUAAAACGAUACUUCAGCAGCUGCUGCUGCGGCUGCAGCACCGGCGGUGGCAGCUGCAGCAGCAGCAGUGGCAGCAGCAGCAGCGGCCCAACCCGAGCUUUCCACCCAAACAACCCCUGCAGAAGCCGCCUCAGCCUCAGCCCCCGCCUCAGACCUGGAGCCCCACGUGUCAGACCACCCAGCAGCCCGAGGAAGAGCCACCGACUCCGGAGGAGAAGCCGGAGAAACAGGCCGACUUGGAGCUUCAACACCAGGGUCGGGUUCGAACAAGGAGGGUGAUUAAAAAGAGGAAACGCAAGGCAACCAUCAAGACCUUUGAACUCCAGAACCCUGAAUUCAAGAAAAAGCGUAGAGACCCUGCCCCCUUCCCAGCCGAAGACAAUGACGCACCAGGAGUUUCUGAGGAUCCGGAGAGCGACGACCUGGCCAGGCAAAGGUUCUAUUUGUCCAUUAUGAUGACUCGAACCUUGAUGAUGAUUGUGAAAUUUGCCCAAAAAAUGUGAAUCACGUUGUGUGAUUGUUUGGUGUUUUUUCGCAUAAACACUGAUUGUAAAAACUAUUUUAAGCUUUUUUUUCUUUAAUAAUUCAGGGUGUGACUUAAAAAUAGAUGAAUCUCAGAAAACCGUUGGUUCUUUAGAGUCUGCAGAAAAUGAACAACAACACGGAGUUCUGAAAGAAUUAGGGUUAAUGAGUUCUGAACGCCGCAAACUCUUCAAACCAUUUAGAAAAUCUGACGUUUGACUCAGACCACGAUUCAGCGGAUGAAACAGGCGAGGGGUUUUUCAGAGGACACGGCAGUCGCUGAAUUGGGGCAUUUUGAAAAUAAAUGCGAUUCCGUCUUUACAGACUACAUUAAUAUGUUUUUCAAGGGGAAACAGGAAGCGUCGGGGUAUACACCCAACGUUAAGGACCGAGAGAGUCGCGAAAAAGACAUUCGUGACUACAAACUCCAUCAGGGGAUCGAGUUGGACCCGUCUAACCGGGCUAGGAGACAGGUUUCAAAGCUCUGUCUGAAUAGUUUAUGGGGGAAAUUUGGUCAGAGGAUAAAUCUUCUUCAGACGGUCCUGGUAAAAGACCCUGAAGAAUUUUUCCAUCUUUUUCCAUUAUAUAAAAAGUGCUAUAUAAAUAAAGAUUGAUUUGAUCUUAUGUUUUCGGGUCAACGCGACGUUGCUCUCGUUCAGUGGAAAUACAACAAACGCUUUCUCGCAGCGCCGGGGAACUCCAACAACGUGUUUGUGGCGCCGUUCACCACAGCCUACGAGCGUCUGAAACUGUACGCUUACCUCGAGCGUCUGCAGGAUCGCGUUUUGUACAUGGAAAAGAAGGUCAACCCCUCCUCGAGCUCGGCCCAUACUUGGGUGAUCUAACAGACGAGUUGAACGGUGACGUCAUUCAGGAGUUUGUGUCCGCGGGUCCAAAGAGCUACGCGUACCAGACGCGUCAUUGGAAGAAAGCGGUCCUUAGAGUCAAAGGUAUCACCCAGACCUCAAGAGUGUGCCAAACGCAUCAAUUUCGAUAGCGUUAAAAACUUGGUGGUUGGAUUUCUCAGAGGUUCGCGAGGUGAGUCAUUGCAGCCGCCCCAACGGAUCAUCAGACGAGAUAAAAAGGGGUGUCUUCUGAAAAACUCUACAUUUCCCAAACAGUUUCAGGAGUUGUUUGAUAAAAGACGGCUCUUUGAAGACGGUACCACUUUACCUUUUGGAUAUUGAGAGUUACUAGGAAAAAAAAAAAAAACGUCACUCCCUGUCAUGGAGGAAGUCAAUUUUGACUAAGGAUUUACUGGUCCUUUUCUGUGUCUGAUCGUAGGACUUAGCGGUUGUGGAAAAACGUAGGCUACUUUGUAGAAAAUGUUUUGGAAAAUUGUGACGAUGUUUUGGAUUUUGUACCCGAGAAUAUUGUGUAGAUUUACAAUAAUCAUCAACCUUUGUAUUUGUAUUGAUCUGAUUAAAACAAAUAAAAGCAUCAAGUUUGUGGAAGGUCUGCCAGAUUCUUUCGAAGACCCUGAACUCUUUCCGCCUCAUCUAAACCAUUUGGUGAUUUUGGACGAUGUGAUGUUUCAAGCCUCCGAUCAUUUGGACGUGGUAAAAAUUUUUACGCAAUACAGACAUCACAAAAACAUGAGCGUUUUCCUCCUCACGCAGAACAUAUUUCACCAAGGAAAAUACAGCCGCACCAUUGGGUUAAACAGUAAUCAUUUGGUUUUGUUUAAAAACCCUCGUGAUAAAGAAUCCUUUGAAGACGCAACUUUGGAUCCUCGCGGCUAUUUAAUAGUAGACCUGACACCGACUUGUCCAGAAUGCCUGAGACUGCGGACGGGGAUCAUUCCUCAGAACUAGCUCGUCAUGUCGGCCCGUAUAAAAAGAAACGCUCCUUUACUUAGGGCUCUCUAUCACGCCACGCCAAAGAAGCGUAAAGACAUUCUCAAACACUGCUCUAAAGAUUUCAUCCAAGCUCUGUGCGAGAUCGCUCUCAAUCUGCUGAAGGGGAAUACACCGUUAUCCCCCGAUCAGUUUAAAAAACUGAAAAAGAGAAGAAAAUUUAUCAGGCUGU